AUGAAUUCUCUAGCAUUUUUACUCUUAACAUUUGUGCCAAUCAUUAUUGGAACUGUGAGGCAACGGCGUGGAUAUGCGUAUAGUUAUGGACCCGGUUACGGAUAUGGAUAUAGUUACGGGAGUGGAUAUUCCUACGGUACAUCCUACCCAGGAUAUGGAUACAGUGUACCGUAUAUGGGAUAUGGAUAUGGUGCAUCUUAUCCGGUUGCUCAAACAGUCGUCGUUCAUCAUCUGCCUCCACCGCCACCUCCUCCUCCACCACCUCCUAUGUAUUAUGUGCAUCACGUUUACCACGUUCCUUAUAUGUCUUUUAUGCCUUACUGAUGCGAUGCCUACCUGUCUGAUGUGAGAGCGCUUAAGAUAUUGAUUUCUUUUCUUCACUGUCAUUCAACAAACAUUUCAUAUAGUAGUGAUAGAAGUAAUUUCGUCAAAAAGAUGUUUCCCAACUUCAGCAAUCGCGGUUUCAUUAUCUGCUGGUGAGCUAGUAAU